AUGGCGAAAUCAAAAUGGAUAACUCCAUUCGUAAAACAGCUCUUUGUGACCACGGGAGUGACUCUGAACAUGGCCGGACAUGGCGUCGCAAAUGGAUUUGCGGCGAUUCUACUGCCGCAACUUCGUAAACAGGACUCUGUCAUUCCAAUCAAUGACACUUCAGGAUCUUGGAUUGCGGCCGUCGCAGGUUUUGCUCUAGUCGGGGGGAAUUUUAUUAUUCCUUUUAUAAUGGGAAAAUAUGGAAGAAGAAUAGCUAACAUGGCUAGUCUUGUGCCCAUGAUCUUAGGCUGGAUAUGUAUUGCAUUAGCUUCUAACGUAACCAUGCUUAUUGUCGCAAGAUUACUCCAAGGUCUAUCAAUGGGUAUGGGAACUACCCUCGGACCGGUGCUGAUCGGUGAAUAUACAAGUCCAAAGAAUCGUGGCGCUUUCCUGACAGCAAUAUCAGUUAUGAUCUCCAUCGGGGUUUUAGCUGCACAUACAUUGGGAUCUUAUUUGCACUGGCAGACAACGGCAGUAACCUGCGCGUUUAUAACUCUAGCUGAUUUUAUCAUUGUUUUGCUGUCACCAGAAUCACCGAGUUGGUUAGCUGACCAGGGCAAAUUUGAAGAGUGUAAGAAAGUAUUCAGAUGGUUACGUGGAGAUAGCGAAGAACAUGAACUACAAAGAAUGAUAGAUGAUAUUGCAGCUGUAAAAGAAUCAACAAUCAAACAGAAGGCGUCAGUUUCUUUUAAGAAAGUUAUAUGUCAGAGAUUUAAGUACGUUAAAACAGUGUUAACAAGAAAGGAAUUUUACAAGCCGAUUCUUGUAAUGAUACACAUUUAUACACUAUCGCAGUGGGCUGGUGUAAACAUUUUAAUAACGUACACAGUGGAUCUUUUAGAAAGAAUAAUUGGCAAUGGGAUGGAUUUGGCGUUGUUAGUGAUUACUUUAGAUUCCCAACGGAUCGUUUCAAAUAUUGCAGGGGUGUAUUUUAUUAAAAAUAGGAAACGGCGAACCAUGUUAUUAGUGACUGGAUUUUUAGCUAUAUUUGCGAUGUUAGCUACAGCGGUGUAUACUUACUUAAAAGAGAACAAUAUGCUAAGUUACGAUCAUCCUUUUAUCGGAAUCAUACUUCUACACAUACAUAUGCUGUCGGUCGGAAUUGGUAGUUUGCCAUUAUCUUACAUAAUAGCCGGAGAACUUUUUCCUUUAGAAUUUAGAAGCUUAGCUGGAGGAAUAAGCGUGUUAUUCAAUUCCAUGAGUUUCUUCAUAGUUGUCAAAACUGUUCCGUCUCUAUUUAAAACGAUCGGUCUUCAUGGUGCCUACUGUAUAUACACCGGUGUCGUUGUUUAUUGUUUGAUAAUAGCGUGGUGGUUGUUACCAGAGACUAAGGACAGGACGCUGCAAGAGAUUGAAGACCAGUUCAGGGGGAGAACUAAUUCGGAGAAAUCUAUACAAUUAUCGCCACUGAAAACUAUGGCUUGA